CUCCCUAACCUAAGCGGCCCUUGUCCUUCCUCCCUGAAAGCACCUCCUCGGGAUUUGAGGAAUAGGUGGAGGGCCUGGAUAGAGCGAGAUUUGAAGUGGAGGAUCGCUCGAUCGUCCAGGUCUUCGGAGAAUUGUGUACCCAGAGCCUGAACGGGCAGCCAGGCUAGCCCUAAGCUUCCCAGACUCUAGGGGAAAUGGAAGCUGCUCCAUUGUGGUAGGGCAAGUAACUGGUACCGCAGCCUGCCACAAUCGCUUUGCAUUAUUGGCUAUCACAGACAGAUUUCUGCGGCAAUUUAUGUCAUUUUGGCAAUGUAUAGGAAGGACCUUAGAACGAGCUGAUCCUCAUGCAGGAUAGUGAAAAAUCUGAAAACAGAUUGCACCGUGCACCCACCAUGAGCCUUGACAUCCAGUGUGAGCAGCUGAGUGAUGCCCGGUGGACAGAGCUCCUUCCUCUGAUCCAGCAAUACCAAGUGGUCAGGCUGGAUGACUGUGGCCUCACUGAAGUGCAAUGCAAAGACAUCAGCUCAGCGAUCCAGGCCAACCCUGCCCUGACAGAGCUCAGCCUUCGCACCAAUGUACUGGGUGAUGCUGGUGUGGGUCUGGUGCUCCAGGGCCUGCAGAAUUCCACUUGUAAGAUCCAGAAGCUGAGCCUUCAGAACUGCAGCUUGACGGAGGCUGGCUGUGGGGUCCUGCCUGGUGUGCUGCGCUCUUUGUCUACCCUGCGUGAGCUACAUCUCAAUGACAACCCUCUGGGGGAUGCAGGCCUGAAGCUGCUCUGUGAAGGACUUCGGGACCCCCAGUGCCGUCUUGAGAAGCUUCAGUUGGAAUACUGUAACCUCACAGCUACCAGCUGCGAGCCCCUGGCUUCAGUGUUCAGAGUGAAACCUGACUUCAAGGAGCUAGUAUUGAGCAACAAUGACUUCCAUGAAGCUGGUAUCCAUAUUCUGUGCCAGGGCCUGAAGGACUCUGCCUGUCAACUGGAGUCUCUCAAGCUGGAGAACUGUGGUGUCACAUCAGCCAACUGCAAGGACCUGUGUGAUGUCGUGGCCUCCAAAGCCUCCCUGCAGGAACUGGACUUGGGCAGCAACAAGCUGGGAAAUGCGGGCAUUGCAGCACUGUGCUCAGGACUGCUGCUUUCCAGCUGUAAGCUCCGGACUCUGUGGCUCUGGGAAUGUGAUAUUACUGCAGAGGGCUGCAAGGACCUGUGCCGUGUCCUCAAAGCCAAGCAGAGCCUGAAGGAACUCAGCCUAGCUGGCAAUGAGCUGAAGGAUGAGGGUGCCCGGCUGCUGUGUGAGAGCCUACUAGAGCCUGGCUGUCAGCUAGAGUCACUUUGGAUAAAGACCUGUAGCCUCACAGCUGCCUCUUGUCCCCACUUCUGCUCGGUGUUGACCAAAAAUCGUUCUCUGCUGGAGCUGCAGAUGAGCAGCAACCCACUGGGAGACUUGGGAGUCCAGGAGCUCUGCAAGGCACUGGCCCAGCCAGACAUAGUGCUGCGUGUGCUUUGGCUGGGAGACUGUGAUGUGACGAACAGUGGUUGCAGCAGCCUUGCCACUGUCCUGUUGGCCAACCGCAGCUUGAGGGAACUGGACCUCAGUAACAACUGCAUGGGGGGCCCAGGUGUCCUGCAACUGCUGGAGAGCCUCAAACAGCCCAGCUGUGCCCUUCAGCAGCUUGUACUGUAUGACAUUUACUGGGCGAGUGAGGUGGAAGACCAGCUUCGGGCCCUGGAGGAGGAAAGGCCAUCCCUGAGGAUCAUUUCCUGAGAUGUGCACUUCUGGAUUCAUUAAUCCAGCCCCAGGGGCAGCCAGCAGGCUCUCUGGCUCUGGGGGUCCUUGUGUUGACUGGCAAUAAGCAUUGUGAUCUUCAGUAGAAAACUUUAAGACACUUUAUAACUAUUAAAACACUUUAUUGGCAAAA